AUGUCCAAUCCCCCUUUGUCCAAUGCGGCCGUCGGUAGCACGCCCUCUACCGCCAAUAACUCUGGUAAGCAAUCCUACUCAUCCGCAAUUACUGCCAACACCAAGGCGGACAAGCCUCGUCCGCACAUUUGCGGCACCUGUAAGCGCUCCUUCGCCCGAUUGUACAAUCUCAAGCGACACGAGCGCUCCCACACCAAGGAGAAACCCUUCAAGUGUUCCAAAUGCGCACGAUGCUUCACCCGUGGUGAUAUGCUGCUACGUCACAAGCAGAUGCUGCACCAGACCUUAACCCCAUCGUCACAUCCCCAAAAUCAUCGCGAGUCUGCCAGUAGCGUCCUCCCCGACAAGAGCCGAGCUCGCAAGAAUAGCAUCGCAGGACCUAAUCCAGCUGUAUCCAAUAUGCCGGCUACUUCUAUAAGGCUGCUGGCAAAUACUAUCAUCUAUGUUGACUGCAGUAUGAUGCAGAUGAUUGCUGCUGCGAAUGCCCCUAUCGCACGAGACCUCCCCCCUAUCUAUACCCAUAGCCGAUACCCCAGUCUGGGCGGUUUGCCCAUCCACAGCUUGGAUUAUGACUUCAGUGGUAUAUCAGCAGCCGUGGGACAGCAAGGGGUGCAGCAUGGGUUGGUCAAGCCGAAGACGCGCACCUUGGGCGGCCUCGAGCCAAGCACCGGCCUGCAGACAGCGCCAUCGAUGGCUGCCUUCAAUGCCGAAUUCGACUUUGAGGGCCUCCUCUGCGAGCCGGACUCAACAAUAAACCUCAAUGUCCUCCAUUACAAUAAUUCGCCGCAAUCUAUGGCCUUAGAAUACGCCUCACCAUUUGCGCCAUUCUGGAACGAGAUGCCCUUGAGCCAAACCCUCAACAAUAGUUUUGAACAGUUGACUGGAUUUGAGUAUCAGAUGGCUUUUCUCGCAAAUGAAGACGUGGUGGAUAGAUCUAGUCCGUCCGCCAUCAGCACAACGAGCCAGAGCGGGAUAAGUAAUAUUAUAUUAGAUGGUUCAAACCACCCCUCGCCGGCCUGGACGAGGACCAUAUGGUAA